CACGCCACUAACGCGUCUCGUCUAUAUUUCUUGAACUCAAACCACCAUCGAUAUUUAUGUCCCAAGCAGACAAUAUACCCGUUUUGAAAGCGUCUGUACACGACGUCAGAUACCUCAGUGCUCUUCUGCGCGGUGUAAAUUUCGCCAAUAGGGCUACUGUGACGGUGACUGAGAAAGGUCUGGUCAUCGUGGUUGAAGAAUCUCGGACACUUCUUGGCACAGCAUAUAUCUUCUCAGAUGUGUUCGAUGAAUUUAUUUACCAUGCAGAAGCAGAAGCUCCUGAAGCUCAAGGGUCACAACGCCAACAACAAACCGUCAACGAAGAAUUGCUCUCCGCCUUUGAAAUCCCACUCAAUAUCUUCCUCGAGCUUAUGAACAUUUUUGGUACAGCAGGCGGAUCUGCAACUAGUAAACCUGGGAGAUUUAAGGCCUGGAGAAAGCCUGGAGAUGAAUCCGAAGAACAUGAGAGUGAUGGUGGGGAGGGAGAUGGAACCCAGGAAGAAGGUAGUUCAAACAAAAAAGCAAAGACAGGCCAAUUCUUCGGUGGCGGCUCUGAAAGGAAAACGGGCAUGCGUUUGACAUAUAUAGGCCCGGGGUACCCCUUGACUUUAAUUGUUGCGGAAGAUGCCUCUGGUCUAACCACAACCUGCGAGAUAGCUACUUUUGACGCAGAACCUCAUCUCGAACUACCAUUUGACUCGGACCAAAUGAUGCUGAAGAUAAUUUUGAAGUCAUCUUGGCUUCGAGAUGCUUUAUCAGAACUUGAUCCUUCGUGCGACAAACUCACGUUUAUCGGAAAUCCUUCCGAUGUUCCAGAUGCUGGUGCUCACACCGCAAGACAGCGGCAAAGAGCACGUCUGCAAGCUCAACCCAAUUUCCGUAUUGAGGCUACAGGAACAUUUGGCAAUACUGAAAUGGAUUAUCCUAAUGAUCGAGACGUGCUAGAAUCUUUUGAAUGCGAGGCUUCUGUGAGAUUCAGUUAUCGUUUCUCUCAUAUCGCUCGCACUAUGCGCGCUUUGCAGACAUCGGUUAAAACCUCUUUACGGAUUGAUAAUGAGGGUUUAUUAAGUUUACAGUUUCUCAUGCCUUCCUCAGCACCACGCAUGAAUCCGGUUGGAGUAACUUCAAAUUUUAUUGAAUUUCGUUGUUUGGCGUUAGAAGAAGAUCCGUGAAAACCAAUGAUGAUAAUCUAACACUACCCACUAGCUACUUAACACUACUACUACUACGGGCCGCAUGUACAGUAACAAGUAAUUGAUGGACCACGUGUAUGCGAGUUGCUUAUUU